UGCGCAUAAUUGUCUGCGAAAGACUUGAUGCAACGACGUGAGAAUUCCCGUUCAAGAACCACCGCCUGUUGUGAUGCCUUCUGCAGAGACCUGAAUGGUCCAAAACCCGGACGGCCCCGUUGUGGAGUUUGCGUGGUCAACCCUUUCAGCGGCUUUAAGCUGGAUUGGAGCCACCGUGCUUGGCGUCACGGCGGAAACCAUCGUUGUCACAUCGCUGGCAUAUUUCAAGGGACAUUACAACGACGUGCAACGCAAAAACUCCUCAGAACGCCUGCACGUCCAACCGUGCUACACGAAGAGCUGUCAACAUGCGGCCGAGGCACUAGCCACUAUCCUGAGUUUCAACGUCAAUCCUUGCCACGAUUUCUUCGCCUUCGUCUGCGACAGAUACAACGAACAUAUUCCAGACGUCUUCAUAGGUGGACGCAACAGUAUCUUGAGUUACGCCAUAGCUCUUCUGUUCGUGCCCCCGGCCGCCGAGGGUCGUCAACUGUCUGCCAUUGAGAAAGCCGCCACUUUGUUCAGAUCGUGCAUGCGUCUCUUCUCAUCGGACAACCAGGAUUCCAGGUAUGUGCUCUCCAACAUGAUGAACGACAUGCACGUCAGUCUGGACCUUCCGCCCCCGACUUUCGAUCCCUUCGAAUCGAUAGUACGCUUGGGAUUGGAGUACAACAUCCCCGUCUUCGUAUCCAUCGCCGUUGGGAACAACCUAGACCGGAGAAAGGGUAGAACCAUGCAGAUAUCGCACAGCAGCAAAGAGCUGGAGUGGUACGCCAAGAGGAAGAAGAAUCGCAGACAGGCACGGAAGGUAUAUCACGAGUGCUACAAGGCGUACUUCAAAGGCACGUACGAUCAGACGUCGUUAGGCAUCAAAGCCGGUAUGUUCGCGAGAGAUAUUGAGCAGGCGGAGGAAGAUGCCUCUAAUAUCGCCUGGAAUGUCCCUCUUACGGACUCAGAUAGGCCGUCAUACCAGGAGACGACAGUAGGACAACUUCCAGAUGACUGGCCGGUUGUACUGAUAAAUCUCGGAAAACAAUAUGUCCACGAGAAGGACGUGGUGUUCGUCGAUCCAAAAGCCACUAAAUUUAUCAAAACUUUGCGUAGCCGUUUUGCUGACAUUGAAAUGAAAAUCCUCAUAGCGUGGGUUUUGCUAAGAGAAUACGGCGUGUAUGUUAGUCCGUCUCUCUUGGCGACUCUAUCGCCUUCGCGAUCGCCUCGAGACCUGUGCUCUGCACGAGUUUCGGAAGUAAUGCCGGUGGCGUUUUCUGCGUCCUACCUUUCUAAAGUGAUCACUGAAGACGCUAUCCAAGCAGCGGAGGGCAUUGUGCUCAACGUCAGAGACGCCUACAUCGCAUCGCUCAUCAACACCAGCUCGCUCGAUGACGAACCGAAAGCAGCCGCCAUCGCAAAGUUGACGGCCAUGGAGUUCUAUUCAGCGUACCCAAAGGGUCUCAUCGACGUCCAGCAACUAGAUGCGUAUUACGAAGGAUACACACCGGAGGAACGGGAGCCAUUCUUUGACGCUUGGCUGCGAGGGGCUAAAGCGCUCCAAGUAAAGAAAAUCAGCGCCAUCAACACCGGGGCUGUGUUUCCUGUGUAUGAAUCAAAAGUAUUCUACGUGGUUCACAGCAAUCGGUUAGUAGCUUUGGCACCCGCUCUUCGACCGACGCUCUUUAUACGAGACGGUCCGGCGUCGUUCAACUACGGUGGGUUAGGAGCGCUAGCCGGACGAGAGAUCAUGUACGGGUACGACUUGAACGGCAGCACGUACGACGCGUUCGGAAAUAAGCACAACUGGUGGUCACCACCUGCGAGGGACCACUACUUGAAACAAGCGCAGUGUGUGAGGCUGUCGGCUGACACCCUGACCGAAGGAAGCGUGAAGUUGGGCAGCGAGGCAGGUGAUGUACUCCUCGCUGACUUAGUGGGUCUGCAAAUGGCGGCCAGAGCCUUUCAAGCUGUCGCUGGAGGAAAGGAUCCCGUGCUCCCAACACUUCCAUUCUCUCCGAUGCAGCUAUUUUUCCUCGCUCACUGCUACAAAUGGUGCGACGGGCAUGACGAAACGGACGGCCUUCGCCAUAGGGAACGAUGCAACGUUGCCGUCACCAAUAUGGCGGAAUUUGCGGACGCUUUCAAUUGUAAACUCGGCGACCGUUUAAACCCCUCUGAGAGGUGUUCCUUCUUCUGAUGGAAUAGUUAAGAUGGUGAUAAUUGAAGUUAUUCCUAAUGGACGUGCACGAGGUAAAGACCAAACAAACAAUAAACCGACGCAUCGUGUUUGUCUCGAAUUUGGGGUGUGCUGUUUGGUUGAGAUUUCGCGUUGUGCAGGCAUAGUUGAGAUAAUUGUUUAAGGAUUUGACACAUACCUUCAUUUUUAGAUGACUUAGUAACCGUUGUCGAUCCUGCAUUUUCUGCUGUAUACAUUUGAACAUGCGAAGCAUUAACAAGCAUUCUGAUGAACUCACCGUGUUGACUUAAAAAAAUAUUGCAA